CGGUCGUCCUCUUUUUUUUUUUAAAUUUUCCUUGAAAAUGUUUUCUCCCUAAAUUUACUUCAAAAGCUUAAACGUACGUAGUUCUGCGAUCAUUUGAGUACUUUCCCCUCCAUAGACGUGUUUUAAUUAAUAACCAGACGGGUUUCUUGCCUGGAGAGAAAUGUACUUUUUUUGUUUAACUCCGCCGGCCCACGGCUGCCACGGUGGGGAGGAAGUGACUGUCGUCUGCGGUUAAUCGGUUCUCGUAGCGAAUAAUUGGUCCGGGGGCGCCCCGCUGUCACCGGGUUGGGCCGGAGACGCUACUGGGGUUACACGCCCCGACGGCCGCGCUGCUCUUGGUGUGAUUUUCUGUUCCGUCAGGGCGGAAGAUGGCGGACCCGGCGGAGUGCAGCAUCAAAGUCAUGUGUCGCUUCAGACCACUGAACGCCGCAGAAGUGGACAGAGGAGACCGGUACAUCCCCAAGUUUCAGGCGGAGGAAACCGUUGUCAUCGGGGGUAAACCUUAUGUAUUCGAUAGAGUUUUCCAGUCCAACACAACUCAAGAACAAGUGUAUAAUGCUUGUGCCCAGAGGAUUGUUAAAGAUGUCCUGGAGGGCUACAACGGGACCAUUUUUGCUUAUGGGCAAACGUCUUCAGGCAAAACACACACGAUGGAGGGUAAUCUCCAUGACACUGAUUGCAUGGGGAUCAUUCCCAGAAUAGUGCAGGACAUUUUUAACUACAUCUAUUCUAUGGAUGAAAACCUUGAGUUUCACAUCAAGGUUUCAUAUUUUGAGAUUUAUUUGGAUAAGAUCCGGGACCUGCUGGAUGUGUCAAAGACUAACUUAUCUGUACACGAAGACAAAAACAGAGUUCCGUACGUAAAGGGAUGCACUGAGAGAUUUGUGUGUAGUCCAGAGGAAGUGAUGGAUACCAUCGACGAGGGCAAAUCCAACAGACAUGUAGCAGUGACGAACAUGAACGAGCACAGCUCCAGGAGUCACAGUAUUUUCCUGAUAAACGUGAAGCAGGAGAACACUCAGACGGAGCAGAAACUCAGCGGCAAACUUUACCUGGUUGACCUGGCAGGCAGUGAGAAGGUGAGUAAAACAGGAGCUGAAGGUGCAGUUUUGGAUGAAGCAAAAAACAUCAACAAGUCUCUGUCCUCGCUGGGAAACGUCAUCUCUGCGCUGGCCGAGGGCUCGACGUAUGUUCCCUACAGAGACAGUAAGAUGACCAGAAUUCUGCAGGACUCUCUGGGGGGCAACUGUAGGACAACUAUAGUCAUCUGCUGUUCGCCUUCCAGCUACAACGAGGCCGAGACCAAAUCUACCCUUAUGUUCGGACAGAGAGCAAAGACGAUUAAAAACACAGUGUGUGUGAAUGUGGAGCUGACAGCAGAGCAGUGGAAGAAGAAAUAUGAGCGAGAGAAGGAAAGAAGUAAAGUGUUACGCAACACCAUCACCUGUUUAGAGAAAGAACUGAACCGCUGGAGGAGUGGUGAGACUGUACCUGUAGCGGAGCACUUUGAUAAGGAGAAGAUGAGCACUGAGGCUGUGUUGCUGGAUAAUGCUCUGUUAAAUGACAGAUCAGCCUCCACGCCCAGCCUCCCCGGGGCCACGCCCACUCACCUCACACACACAGAGAGGGAGAAGUAUGAGGCUGAGCUCACCAAACUGUUCAAACAGCUGGAUGACAAGGAUGAUGAGAUCAAUCAACAAUCUCAACUAGUAGAGAAACUCAAACAGCAAAUGCUAGACCAGGAAGAACUACUGGCCUCUUCUCGGCGGGACUUUGACAACCUGCAGGCAGAGCUGAGCCGGCUGCAGGUGGAGAACGAGGCAUCGAAGGAGGAGGUGAAGGAGGUGCUGCAGGCCCUGGAGGAGCUUGCUGUCAACUACGACCAGAAGAGCCAGGAGGUGGAGGACAAGACCAGGGAGUUCGAGGCUCUCAGCGAGGAGCUCAACCAGAAAUCCAACAUCCUGACUUCCAUAGACUCUGAGCUACAGAAGCUGAAGGAGGUGGCCAAUCACCAGAAGAAGAGAGUCACGGAGAUGAUGUCCUCACUGCUGAAGGACCUGUCUGAGAUUGGCAUUGCUGUGGGCAGCAACGACAUGAAAUUUGAGGGCUGUGGCGUGGUGGACGAGGAGUUCACCGUAGCUCGGCUCUAUGUCAGUAAACUGAAGUCGGAGGUGAAGACGCUGGUGAAGCGCUCCAAGCAGCUGGAGGGCAGUCAGGCUGACAGCAACAAGAAGAUGGAUGAGAAUGAGAAGGAGCUCAUCACCUGCCAGCUCCGUGUCUCCCAGUAUGAGGUUAAGAUAAAGUCUCUGACUGAGUACCUGCAGAAUGUGGAGCAGAAGAAGAGACAGCUGGAGGAGAAUGUGGAUUUACUGACUGAGGAACUGGUGAAGAUAACCACUCAGGAAAAAGUUCACGCCCUGGACAAGGAGAAUCAGAUUCAAAGCACCAAUGAGGUGAAGGAGGCGGUGGAGAAACAGAUUCAGAGUCACAGAGAAGCUCAUCAGAAACAGAUCAGCAGCCUGAGAGAUGAACUGGACAGCAAAGAGAGAAUCAUCACUGACCUGCAGGAUUUAAAUCAGAAAAUCAUGUUGGAACAGGAGCGUUUGAAGGUUGAACAUGAAAAACUCAGAUCUGCUGAUCAAGACAAGAGUCGCAAACUGCAUGAACUCACUGUAAUGCAGGACCGUAGGGAGCAGGCCAAGCUGGACCUGAAGGGUUUGGAGGAGACUGUGGCCAAAGAACUGCAGAGUCUUCAUAAUCUUCGGAAGCUAUUUGUUUAUGAUCUGGCAACCAGGGUGAAAAAGAGUGCAGAGAGUGACUCUGAUGACACUGGCGGCAGUGCAGCUCAAAAGCAGAAGAUCUCUUUCCUGGAGAACAAUCUAGAACAGCUUACCAAGGUCCACAAACAGCUGGUGCGUGAUAAUGCGGACCUGCGCUGUGAGCUGCCAAAGCUGGAGAAGCGCCUGCGUGCAACGGCCGAGCGUGUGAAGGCACUGGAGUCGGCACUCCGAGACGCCAAAGAAAACGCAGCUCACGACCGCAAACGCUACCAGCAGGAGGUGGAACGCAUCAAAGAGGCUGUCAGGGCCAAGAGCAUCGCCCGCCUCAGAGCGUCCGCGCAGAUCGCCAAACCCAUUCGUCCAGGACAGCCCCCAGUAGUCUCUCCAACACACCCUAAUGUAGUCCGUGGAGGAGGGGGCGUGGUCAUUUUCCACAACAGCCAGUCAGUGGCUAUCAGAGGGGGCGGGGCCAACAAACAGGAGAAGAGCUGAAGAUGGGUCUUACAUACUCACCACUGAGGAUGCAAAGUGCAGAUAUCACCAUGGAUACCUUUCAUCCCACUAACAUGAUCCCUUCAACCUGUGUAUGUGGGAGGGUUAAAGAUCCACUUCCCCAUAUUUUUUUCUUUUCAAAAACAAGUACCUAAUUAUUUUCUGAAACACACACACUAAGAUUAACAUAGAAAAAGAAAAAUACUUCAGAGGUAAUGCACAAGCUGUAUGAGUGAACAGAGACAGGCGGUGUGUGUGUGUGUGUGUGUGUGUGUGUGUGUGUGUGUGUGUGUGUGUGU